AUGCAGCGCUUCCAGACGGCUUUGCGGAAAAAGAGCGCGUGGCAGCGUGUAGCCAUUAUCCACUUGCAGUGCGGGCGCCAAUGCCUGGCCAGCCAGAAGGCCCUGUCGGCCCGUGCGUUUAGUGCGUUGCCAGACCACGAAGUCGUGGGACUGCCGGCGCUGUCGCCGACAAUGGACGUGGGCACGAUCGCCAAGUGGAACAAGCAGGAGGGCGACCUCAUCUCGGCGGGCGACGUGGUGUGCGAAGUCGAGACGGACAAGGCCGUGGUGGACUUUGAAGCUACGGACGACUCGUACUUGGCCAAGAUCCUCGUGCAAGCGGGAUCGGGGGAAGUGGCCGUGGGCAGUCCCAUCUUUGUCACGGUGAUGGAGGAGGACGAUGUUGCUGCGUUCCGAGACUUUUCACUGGAUGCAGCGCCCGCUGGUGAAGUAGGGCCAGCGACAAUGCCCGUGGAGGCUGCGCCGACGCCACGUGCCACUCCUCCUUCGGACCCGACGCCGGUCACGGCUACGCCAACUGCUGCAGCGGCGUCAGGCCGUGUGUUUGCCAGUCCAUUGGCCAAGAAAAUUGCACGGGAGUCGGGCGCUGUGCUGUCGGACAUAAAUGGCUCGGGCCCUAACGGUCGUAUCGUGAAAGCCGACGUGGAAGCUGCUAUGGCUGCCCGUGCUGCUGCGCCGACGGCGGCGACUACUGCCAGCGACGCUACUGCUACUGAUGCGGGUACCGCUGCGCCGACGACUGCCGCGAACUACACGGACUACCCAAUCAGUUCCGAAGCCCAGACAAUUGCCCAGCAGUUGACGCAGCAGAAGAUGGACGUGCCGCACUACCAUUUGUCGACAAGCCUUACGCUUGACAAGCUUCUGAACGCGCGUGCCCGCUUGAAUGCUGGUCGUGGGGAAGACGAGCAGCUGUCGGUCAACGACUUUAUUGUGCGGGCCGCUUCGCUUGCCAUGCGCAAGGUGCCGGAUGCCAACUCGAGCUGGAAGGGCUCGUUCAUUCGCCAGUACAACGACGUGAACGUCAACUUGAUGGUAUCUUCGGCUACGGGUGGUGGUGUUGUGGCCCCUGUGCUGACCCGCGUGAACCGUAAGGGUCUCGACGACAUCAGCAAGGAGACGCGGGCAGCUGUGGCCAAGGCGAAUGAAGGCACUUUGGAGCCGGUGGACCUAGCGAACGGAACUUUUACGAUCUCUAACGUUGGCCAGUUUGACGUGCAGUCACUGGCAGGUAUUGUCCGUCCCGAGCAGGCGUGCCUGCUUGGCUUGGGCACGAUCGAGAAGAAGGUGGUUCCAAAUGACGACCCUGACGCUGAGCAAAUUUAUAAGUACGCGCAGGUGAUGACUGCGACGCUUGCUUGCGACCACCGCGUCAUUGACGGUGCAGUUGGUGCACAGUGGUUGGCUUCGUUCAAGGAGCUGGUGGAGGAUCCUCUCAAGAUGAUUCUGUAG